AUGGAUGCACUCGAAACAACGACAUCGUCAAUAAUUGAUUUAUUGGCAAACACGAGUGACUUUCUAUCGACAUCGACGCCCAAAGCAACAACAAUUCUCCCGCUCGAGCAAUGCAAGGAAUUAGGCAUUGAUCUGCCCGGAGAUGCAUCUGUCCAUAACAACUCGGCAUUUUCGCACAUUCGAUGUCUCGAACACGCUCCAACCUUUUCGCAGAGCGGAAUGAUUCGCGUUAUCGUGCUUUCGGCGAUGGCAGUUGUUUCGUUGCUCGGAAAUAUCGCGACAAUGUGGAACAUUCAGAAGAAUCGGAAGUCGAAAAGGGUCACGCGACACACUUGGAGUGCCAUAUAUUCGUUAAUUUUUCACUUGUCGAUAUCGGAUGUGCUUGUGACGGGCUUUUGCAUCAUCGGCGAAGCAGGAUGGACUUAUACCGUUGAAUGGAGGGCCGGGGAAUACGCUUGUAAAUUGUUUAAAAUGUUCCAAAUGUUUAGUUUGUACUUGUCGACGAACGUGAUGGUUUUGAUUGGAAUCGAUAGAUGGGUUGCUGUGAAAUAUCCCAUGAAGUCGCUGAAUACAUCGAGGAGAUGUCAUCGAUUUUUGGUCAUUGCUUAUUCCAUUUCUUUCUUGCUGAGUUUGCCACAGUAUUUAAUAUUUCGCGUUGCAAAAGGACCUUUUUACGAGGAUUUUUAUCAAUGUGUAACGCAUGGAUUUUACUCGGCAAAUUGGCAAGAACAGCUCUACACAACAUUCACAUUAAUAUUUAUGUUCAUCAUUCCCCUCGUGAUAUUAACGGGCACCUAUUUGUCAACAUUUCGGACGAUAGCAAAGAGCGAACGCAUUUUUCGGCUUGAGGCGCCUGUGGAAAAGUGUUAUCGUCGCACAGACUCGAACCGACAACGGCUAAUACACAAAGCCAAAAUGAAAUCACUCCGAAUAUCGGUUGUCAUAGUAUUUGCUUUCAUUAUUUGCUGGACUCCGUAUUACGUGAUGAUGAUUAUUUUCAUGUUUCUCAAUCCAGAUAGGAGGCUGAGCGAAGACUUGCAACAAGGCAUUUUCUUCUUUGGCAUGUCAAAUAGUCUGAUGAAUCCAUUAAUUUACGGAGCUUUUCAACUAUGGCCCAAUAGGAAGCCUUUUUGUCACCAAAGGUAUGUUUUAUUAGAAGGAUCCACCGUUUUGCGUCGCACAUUAUCCACAAAUAUGAAUCAACUCGCCGUCAACGGGCACAGUCCGCAGCUGAAGACGUUCAACGGGAGCAAUCAUCACAAGCACAACCAUGAACCGCUGUUGGCAAAAACACAUUCGCAGGGUCACGAUCCGCCGCUUAAUCAAACGCCCUCGCCCCCCAUGACGCAACGACAUUCCGUCGAGGAAAUUUCACUCAUGUCGCUCGAAAAAGACUUACGUAGCUUAGACGAAAACGUAAAUCAAGUUAAUAAUGCCGUAAAUAACAAAAUAAAAAAUGGCACGACGGCAAAUCGAAAAAAUAUCAUAGCAGCGAGCUUAUUGCGACUAAAAAUCCUGAAAUUCCGACAAAAAAAUCCCACGACACUGUAGAAAUAAUUUGUAAGUAAAAAAAAAUGUUCAAAAAAAUUAUUUAAGGAGAAAAAUGUACUGAAUGUAGUAAAUUAAUGUAAGAAAAAAAUUAUUAUUAUGAAACCGCGGAUCGAAAGAGGAAAUGAAAGUACAAGAAAAGAAAAAUAAUUCGAGAGACUAUUUAUCAAAAAUGGAUAAAAGAUAAAAAUUCGGCUGUUACUUGAUUUUCUAUAUCAAAACGAAAAUAAAUUUUAUUUUUCACU